AUGGCACACUCGGACUCGGAUCUUUCUUCACUCUCAUCAGCUCCACCUACUGAUGACGAAGCAGCCAUGGCCAUCGAUGAGCCUGUCGGUAUUGCCAAGUACUUCAAGAAGGAGUCGGAGACUCCGCCGCCGAAGCGGGAGCCAUCACCGCCGCAUGAAUACGUUUUGGCAGAUAACCCCAACAUCGCGUUCAUCGUCACGUUCCGCGCGCGUUUCCACGAAGCUUUCCCCCGAGGCCUGCCACACUUCGGACCACAAGACAUUGAGAAAGGAGUAGAGGACUCGGUCCCUGGAGAAUACAUUGAGCGCCUCCUAUGCGCCCUGCUAGGACUCGUUUUGAACCGCAAGAAGGAUGUUGAACGGAAUCACUAUACGCGACCGCUAGAGGAGGCGAUUCAGGUUCAUCAAUCGCAGUGGCCAAAGGCAUGGGAGGGCAAGAACCCCCUUCACGGUGGCCGCACCUUUGCGACCAUGUCGCCCGAGGAACGGCUGGAACUCCUACGAGCUUUGAUGCUCUGGUCCCUCUCAUCAUCGGAUGCGAUCCAGGCGAAAAUCAAGGAGUCCUACAAACAGUCGCGCCAUGAUGAUGACCUCAACCAGCCUCUAUCAGUUCAGCCGUGGGGCAGGGAUAGCUUGAAACGUCGAUAUUGGCUUAUCGAGGGCCAAGAUGAUACCCACUUCCGGUUAUACCGUGAGAGCAACCCUGCUCUCAAGACUAUUACCUGGUGGAGUGUUGCUGGCGACAUCCCAGAAAUGCAGGCUAUCGCCGAUAGAUUGCAAGAGGAGAAGGGUACCAACUCUAAGAAGCUCAGCGAACGGAUCAGAGCUGCCAUUCCUCGGUUUGAGGCUUCGGAAGAGAAACGCAAGCGCCGCGAUUACCGUCUUGCACGCAAGGCCGCAUUUGCCCGACCGGAACCCGGGUUCUCUCUGUACGAGGGUCGCACCCGUGGCAAAAAGUUGAAGUACACCUACGAUGACGACGAGGACAUUUUUUCAGAUGAUCAACCCACUAGACGAUCAGCUAGGAACUCGUCCGGUGUGACAGCGGCUGAACCGUCGCGUCCACGAUUCACAGCAAGUGGCCGGCAAGUCAGGUCCCGGGCCGGCGGCGCGUACGGUGAAUCAUUGCUCAGUGGCCAGCGCGAGGACUCUGACUAUGAUGAAGAAGAUGGCGCAAGGCCGCAAAGGAGUCGGACAUCGACUCAUCCCAAUGGCUAUUCCGGGUAUGGUCUUGACGACCUAGACGAUGAGUCAGAAGCUCGUUCCAACGACAGUGGAAACGAAUGGGACGGCGGAGAUGAGGAGGAAAAUGAUUUCGAGGGUGACGACGAAGGAGAGGAUGCGAGUGGGGAUGAAUCCGUCGUCAAUGGGGAGCCCAGAAGCCUUGUGGUUCAGCUUCGAUACAGCAAGGGGAGUGCGUCUGGUGGGCCCAAGGAUCCAGACGAGCCUCCUCCUGCAAAGGAUGUUCCGAUGGAAGAUGCUACACAAGCUGGCGUGUCUCAAGAAUCAUAUAUUCCUAAAGAGACGCCACAGCUGGUUCGGGCAUCAGAGCCUGCAGCAGUCCCAUCUAUGACUGCGCCGGCUUUCCCUUCGGUACCAGCACCUCAGGUGCCUGCUCAGCCAGCAGUUCCAAAGAUGACUGGACUACCUAUGUCUGCGCUCCUGAACACCCCAGAACCUGUUGCUCAACCACCACCGUCAGGAGCACCGAAAACGGCCCAACCAGUCGGUUCAAACGGCUGGAAUGGGUCUCAUCCGGAUGCUGUGAAUUGA